UUAUAAGGCAGUCCAUCAAUGAUGAUUAAACACCGCUCGGUCGCUGUGGCCCUAGUGCUGCUGCAGCUUCUAGCUGUGGUGCAGGGCCAGCCCUUUCCCAAUUACCACGCGAAUUUCGUGGACCUCGAGGAGCAGGCAGCGGAACUGAAGUGGUGGCAGACCGGGGCCUUUUAUCAAAUCUAUCCAAGGUCAUUUAAAGACAGCAACGGCGACGGCGUGGGCGACCUGAAUGGCAUCUCGGAGAGGCUGUCAUACCUCAAGGAGCUGGGCAUUACGGCCACCUGGCUGUCCCCGAUCUUCACCUCGCCUAUGGCCGAUUUUGGCUAUGACAUUGCCAACUUUACGGAGAUAGCUUCCAUCUUUGGGACCAUGGCAGAUUUCGAGAAUUUGAUGAAGGUGGCCAAGCAGCUGAACAUCAAAAUAAUUCUCGAUUUCGUGCCCAACCACUCGAGCGACGAAUGCGAGUGGUUUAAGCGCUCUGCGGCCGGAGAUCCAGAAUUCAAGGACUUCUACGUGUGGCAUCCCGGGCGCAUGGUGAACGGCACUCGCCAUCCCCCGAGCAACUGGAUCAGUGUGUUCCGUGGUUCCGCCUGGCAGUGGCACGAGGGCCGACAAGAGUACUAUUUACAUCAGUUUGUGCAGAAGCAGCCGGAUCUUAACUAUCGCAAUCCCAAAGUGCGGGAGGCCAUGAAUAAUGUACUACGCUUUUGGCUGGGCAAGGGCGUCUCCGGCUUUCGCAUCGACGCAGUGCCACAUGUAUUUGAGAUGGCGCCCGAUUCACAGAAUCAGUACCGCGAUGAGCCCCGCAAUGACUGGGACAAUGAUCCCGAAGACUACGGCUAUCUGCAGCACAUCUACACCGUCGAUCAACCCGAGACGAUUGACCUCGUCUACUCGUGGCGUGCGGUACUGGAUGAGUUUCAGCGAAAGAACGGUGGCGAGGAGCGCAUCUUAAUGGCCGAGACCUAUUCACCCAUUGAUAUCGUCAUGCAGUACUACGGCAAUGCCACGGCCGAGGGCGCUCAGCUGCCGUUCAACUUUCUGCUGAUAAGUGAGCUGACGAACUCAUCCAAUGCCGGGGAAUAUGCCAGCACCGUGAAGAAGUGGCUCCAACAUAUGCCUAAAGGCCGUACCGCAAAUUGGGUGCUGGGCAACCAUGACAAGCCGAGAGUGGGCUCCCGUCUGGGCAGGGAUCGUAUAGACAUGCUGAAUAUUCUGAUUGCCACUCUGCCCGGAGCCAGUGUGACCUACCAGGGCGAAGAGCUGGGGAUGACAGACGUGUGGAUCUCCUGGAAGGACACUGUCGAUCCCUCCGCCUGCAACACCAACCCAAGCAUCUACGAGCAGUUCUCACGUGAUCCGGAACGUACUCCCUUCCAAUGGAGCGAUGCCACUGAUGCGGGAUUCAGUAAUGCCAGCAAGACGUGGCUCCCCAUUGGAGAGGAUUACAGGCAGAUCAACGUGAAUCUGGAAGAGACCCAGCCUCUGAGCCACCUGAAUGUCUACAAACAGCUUUGGAAGCUUAGAAAGCAGGCGAAAACCAUGCAGCGGGGAGACACUGACGUGAAGGCCCUAAGUGGCGCUGUUUUGGGCGUGAAAAGAUAUCUCAAAAAUGACGUCACAUUUGUGACUGUGCUGAAUAUCUACGAUGGAGUGGCGACCGUCAACCUGCAGCAGAGCUUCUCAGAUUUGCCCGCACAGCUGCAAGUUGUUCUGGUCACAGAGCGAUCCAAAGUCAAAGUGGGCGAUCUCAUCAAUUCCACCUCUGUUCAAUUGCAACCCAAGGAUUCACUUGUACUUCAAUCAACCUCUUCGUACUUUGCUUAUGCCACCAACGGAGAGAUUCGUCAUCUGCCGGUGCUCGGUAUUUAUCUCUGGUUGGCUCAAGUGGCGCUCUAUCUCACCCACCGGUAAAUUUCCACACGUGAUUCCAGCAGCUGUCGAUUAAUUAAGCACUCAAAAUAAAAAAAACACUCGUACGAGAACUCAA